GUUAUCGACCAUUUUCAUUUGUCACUUAAUCAACGUUCUAUCCCGCUCGACGUUGUCGUUUCCAUUGAUUUCUCUAUUACGACCCAUUGUCCAGCAGCGGAGACGUCCUCGGCGGACCAGGUUCGACAAAGAGUUGGCUACCGUUCGUUAUUACUGGCUCCCGAGAAGCCGAUGAUGGGUAGUAGUUGGUGGAUGGCGGUGAGAUCAGAGAUCAGAGACACCUAUUUCGCGAGGACACGAUACAUCCUAGUUGCCGGUCGGAUGUCGGAGGCCCGUCGAACCGUUCAGUCGACGAACUUGUUCUAACGGCGAGUGAUUCGAUUACGAUCUUGCCUUUUUUCUCAACGAUUUCUCUUCGGACACCCUUGUGCUUUCUUCGUUCUGAUCGAGCCUCUAAAUCUGCGCGAAGCUAACGUACCUCUCAGUGCUGAGACUGCGUUCGUAUACGUUUAGUGACAGCAGUGAGUAUCGAGAGAUUGUGGACGCUGGCUGUACGCGAGAAAUAUUGUCCUGAUAUUUAUUUGUAUUAUAAAUUCAAUUAUAUCCAUUUCAUAUUGAACAGUUGAGAAAUGUCGGUAGGUUUCUCCGGUGUCGAAGCGUCAGUGAAUAAGCAGUGAAUGUUACGAGAUUAGUGGAAGUAACGCGUAUUUUUUUUUUAUUUAUUUUAAUUCUUUCGUUGUAUUAUACUUGCGAAGGGUUUGGUUUUGAUUUUAUUCGAAGUAUAGACCGUUUAUUUGGCAACGGACCGGUGUAAUUCUGGGAAUAAUUGAAACGCACCAGCCACGGCGUGUGAUUAUCGGUUGCCGAGUAAAGUGUGAAGGAUGGUGGCAACGAUCGAGAGAUCGAUCGGAAUCGGGCAGUCACGAUUCGGCAAAAGUAAAAUUGGUAAAGAGAAGCCGGAUGGGCGGAUCACGGGACUGGUUUGGAUCGGGACGAUGGAAAGUGAACGUCACGGGGAAGAGUGAUGCAUCGCGUGAUCAAGAAUGCUGAUAAAUGUUCGAUGAUCGGUGUCGGAUCACGGCAUUAAAAUUACGGGGCAGAGUUUGUGUGAAGAUGCUUGAACGGUUCAGCCGUAGUGGCCUGUAAAACGAACUGCAUAAUGAACUAUAUUACGCGAUAAAUUGACAAAUCUAUAUCGCCGCGUUCGUGUAAUUCAUUAUGUAAUUACCGGUUUCGUAUAAAACUUGUCGGUCUGUGUAUAAACGUGUCAAACAGCAAAUUCGAAUACAAUUUCCGAGAAGGUCCGAGCAGACGAAAAAUAAACGCGCAAACGAUUCGAGAAUAGAUUGUAUUUGGCUAGAUCGACGCGGUUGUGAGUUGACAUAAACGAAACGCCUUGGACGCGAGACAUGAUGUGAGAUAUAUAAUUAUGCGCGACGGAGAAAGAGGUUAAUGAAAAGAAAUUUUCGUUACGGUAAACGCAUCUAUCAAUCGGCGUCCAAGAGUGAGUUAAUUAUUUGUCGAGUUUUAUUUUUUAUUGGUGGUAAUAAAUCGUACGAUAAGGUUGGAACAGUUAAUUAUAUAUCGGAACGGAGGAUGUGCGAGUUCCGAUCGACAAUCGGUCGUGAUUUUCUAUGGACUUCAUGUGUCUUCGGUGAAAUGUGUUUCCUGCGCGUUUUCUGCAUACGAAAGCGCUGUGUUCUGUACCAAUGUCGAUGGUUGCUCGGAUAGUUAGCUCGAGUUCCGGGCAACGCGUCGAGGGACUUCGAUAGACCGACGUCGAAUGAUAAUUGCCGACGCGGUGAAGUGAUAAACGAGAAGGAAUCGUCGAUCGAGGAAUUGUAGCACGAGUAUACCGGGUGUUAUGGGGAAAUGUUGGAACUGUCGGUGAUUGUUCCGAAUCUCGUGGCCGAUCAGUGAACAGUGACUUCGAUCGAGUUGGAGCAUGAUGGGUGAAGUGAUUCGGGUUUCCGGGAGGGCACCGGAUGUUGGGGAGUUCCUGAAGGAGGCGAUGCUGUCCCAGAGGUUCGCCGACGUUGCACUUUGCUGUCCCGAUGGUCAAAGGUUCCUUGCGCACCGCCUCGUUUUGUCGGCUGCCAGUCCUUAUCUACAGGAAGUCCUGCUGGCGCACAGUAAAACGUCGUCGCACUGCGAGCCGAUCACAGUGAUCCUCGCCGAGGUAGAGGCGCCGGAACUCGCGGCGAUCCUCGGGUUCGUCUACACCGGAAGUGCCACGGUGCCGAGGCCCCGUCUGCAGGCGUUCUUGCGGGCAGCGGAAGCUCUGCGGAUCAGACUGCCGCCGGUGCCACUGGCGAUGACCUGUCCACGGCCGGACUGCAAGCAGGAGGACGUGAAGGACGUAAAGAUCAGCCCCAGGUACCUGCGCUGCGAUCAGUACCCGUGCUGCAAUCGCUGGUACAGGGCCCAAGACGUAGAUCCCGGGCUUGACAAGCGUGCUACCUGUCCGGCGAUCGAGUCCUUGGAUGGUUCGAGGGAAAUCGGAUCGCUUCCCGAUCCGAUGAACUUUGCCGGGCCGAGAUACGGCUCGGUCAGACAUUGCGCCGCCACUUGGCCCGUGCCAGCCUUCUUGAACGCCAGCAGCCAAGAGAAGAGCAUCCGCGUUCUAGAUCAGCUGCCCGAUAAGGACAGCGUGCAUCAGACGGACGUCAGACGUUAUAAUCCUGUCUCCGUGGUGUCGAGGAUCGACAGGAUCGAGGACAGCACCGCCACCAGUUCGGAGAACGCUCUCUCAACCUGCCGUUCCCCCGUGAAGCAAAUGGAAUUCUGUUUUUCGAGGAACAGCUACGACGUUCAUAGACAGUUAGAUCCUCUUGAAUUGAGGAUGCGGAACGAUCAGACUCGUCUCCCGGGCGACGAGGACGCGAGUGCCGCGAUAGAUCCGCUCCGCGGCAGCCGGCCCGACGAGGACCGAUGCGCCGAGGAUCGCGGCAGCGUGAUCCACUCGAGGAUCAGUCAAUCCGCGGUCUCGUUGCAGCCAGCCGAACGGACCAGGCACCACGAGAAACCAGAUUACGGCGAGGAUUUGACUUGCGGGGAAAGUUGCCUCGGCUGGAGGACACCGAAAAGGCACGUGGCCAAUCGCGUGAUCGCCUCCCCGUGGAGACAGACCGCUAGGCCUUAUCACUCGCCCAAGCUGCAGCCCAUCGUGCUUCUUCAGCCUCACGCGGACGAUGUCGAGGCCGGAGAGAACCUGCGUCUGCCAGAAGUGCAGCAACCGGUAGUCCCCUGCGGUCCCCACGUUCCGUUCCCGAAAAGUCCAGCACCCGCAGCAGUGCAUUACUAUGGCGUCGAAGCUCCCGCCAGCAGAGAGAUACAGUACAACCUUGGUCCAAGGUUGUUGGAAGCGAAUUCAGCGCCAGCAACGAGACACCGAGAGUUUUAUUCGCCGCAGAUCCCAUUUCCGACUGUGGAACCUGUUCCGUCCAUUGUGAACGAUGUUCCUACCAACGAGACCGUCUCGCAAUCACAGAAUAAUGUUGUGUCCACAACGACCAGGCCUCCGUUGAUCAGCAACGAGAACGUUCAGCCGACUAUCAACAGGAAAACUGGCUACUUUGGUCAAACCCUGCCCCAUCCACCGCAAAAACCAGAAAUCUCACAUCCGGUUAGCAGACUCUGCGAUACGAUCGAAACCAACGAUAAGAUCGAUCGUUUCGCGAGUGUGGAAGUCGAAAGGUCGGAGAGGGUACUGAAGAAGGACGAUAAACUCGCGGAAAGGGUUAUUAGAAAUAGUGAUAACAACAACAACGAUGCUAUCGUUGGCAACGAUGUUCCGCAACGUGGGAGGCCGGUCGCGAGCCAAGAAAGCCACAGAUGCGAUCAGUGCGGGAAGACUUUCGUUACCAGAGCCUCUCUCAAGGUGCACGUCAGGACGCACUCCGGUGAAAAGCCGUUUCGCUGCGCGGAUUGCGGCAAGCAGUUCUCACAGCUGCGAAACUACAAGUACCACCGGAGCGUUCACGAGGGCACCAGGGAGUUCGCGGCCACCUGCCCGGAAUGCGGCAAGUACUUCAACGACCGGGGUUACCUGAGCUCUCACAUGAAGAUCCACCGCAACCGGAAGGAAUACGGGUGCGCGGAAUGCGGGAAAAGCUUCAACCAGCGGGUCGCGUACAACAUGCACGUCCGGAUCCACACGGGCGUGAAGCCGCACCAGUGCGAGCAGUGCGGCAAGGCUUUCUCGCGGAAAAUGUUGCUGAAGCAGCACCUGAGGACCCAUUCCGGGGAGCGGCCGUACCAGUGCCAGGUCUGCCAGAAGGCUUUCGCGGACAGAUCGAACAUGACUCUGCACACCAGGCUUCAUUCCGGAUUGAAGCCGUAUCAGUGCACGCUGUGCUCGAAAGCUUUCACCAAGAAGCACCACCUGAAGACCCACUUGAACUACCACACCGGCACCAAGCCGUACUCCUGCCCCAAUUGCGGCCUCAGGUUCUCCCAGAGCAGCAACAUGAGGACUCACUACAAGAAGUGCACGGUGAACAAUCCCGGAGAAGCGAAGGAGCAGAUAGAGGGCGCCACGGCGGAGUCCAAGGUUGGCCAGGCCAGAGUGCUGUCGAGGACACCGGCGGAUACCCUGACACCACCGAAUUCGGACCAGGAGCUCAGCAUACUGACGCCAAUAUCGAAGAAUCCGUUGGAAGCUAGCGGGAGUUAGUGAUUCGAGUAAUCUGAUGGUGUCGAGUACGUAUUCCUAGUUGCAUUCUGAUGAAAGAUAACAGGGGCCAGCUCCUGGGAGCCUGGUAGACUCGAGUGCGCUUCAAGGUAAGGAUAUAGCGAGCCUGUGGACCUGGUGGAACUGUAAACAGAGAAGUCUUGGGACCAUCUUUGCUGAAACUGAUUCAGCGGAAGGCUGUGUUUUCGCAGUGCAGCGCAACAGAACUCGAAGCUUUGCUCGCAGUCCCUUUGAACCCGCUGCGUUAAGAUCGGUCAGCCAGCUAUUUUGUUUUCUCCGUCAGGGAGCAAUUAUUUCCUCUGUGGGAGAAAGCGACUUAAUUUAGUAUCUAGCGUUGAGAUUAUCGAGUACAAAUGAAAGGGAAUUGUCCAACCUCGAUCCACGUAGGCUACUUUGAUACAGGCUCUUAUCUGCAAAGUAGCAAUUAGAACCUCUUUGCUAUCGUCCAACCCGUGGUAAGAAGAAAGCGGUAGUAGAUCUGCAACGUAGCAAAAGUACUGGUCGAAUAAUAGCUAUGCCCAAGAUUGCUGAAUAGAAUGUUAUCGCGGACCGUGGACGCUUUACCGAUAAUUGACGCAAAACAAUUCGAACUCUUACCUUAGCCGGGUGAAUACCGGAGCCAUUCUGCUGGUCAGGUAACGUAAUACUCUCUCGUCUCGAGGAACUCGAUCGUCGGGUCGCAGCCAGAGACCCGAUAUCUGUGAUGUAACGAGUCACGUAACGACUAAGAAUCAGGGAAACGUGUAGGAUUCACGCGUUCUGCGUAUCCCCCUAUCGGCCGGGGAUCUUAGCCUAUGAUCUCUCAGCGUACGCUCGUCUUCGUAAAAAAGAAAGGACCAGACACGCGCGUACGCUAAAGAAAGUUCGUUCGGCCAAGUUUAUGUCAGAACUUACAGCGAGGAAUAGAUACAAAUGAUCUGCCAUUUUCGAUUUGGAUAUUCGUAUUUUAUGUAACAUUUCAGCGAGGCUGUGUAUUGUAUAACAUGCCUUGCAGCACUCUCUCGUUCUCGGUACGUUUGUAAACAUCGCGAAGCAUAAUUGCACAAUACUGUAAUUUCUCCCUAAUUCGCGAUCGAAAACGGACAAUUUCGGAAGAGGCUU